AUGAGGCUGACGUUGGACGAGGCUCUGGCGGUGGGGAACCAGCUCGAGGUGGAAGCGAUCAAUGGUACCCAGCACAUACUGUUGACACCCAGCCUGGCUGCUCAGUGUGGCUACAGCAUGGAGUCUGACCCGUGGGGAAACACCAGAAUCUACACGUCUCUGCUGGGCUGCUACGUGGACAACAAAGAAGAUACGACGUUUAAAGUUGGCUUGAAACUCAGAAUGUACCGACAGAGUCCGUCAGACAUGAUUAGUCACGAUGUGUCGGAAACCUGCAGCUACAGCCGCUGGGCCUCCAGAGAAGUCCUCUGUGACAGGAACUACAUGGAAGUUUCAAAAUACAUGGCUAAACCAGAUUCACCGAGUGAUCCGAAAGGCCAGACUCAGGAUUUUAAAGAUGAAAGCUCUCAAUUCAAUGCUGUUCCUGGUGCCUCUGGUGCAGAACAUGGCAUCUGGAAGAUGACGUUUUUCAACCCUGACCCAGUGGCAAUGGUGCUGGAGGAGGCCGAGCAAGCCGGAUACAGCGCCAUGACCACCCCGACCCGCCUGGUUGUGAGAAGCCCCUACAAUACAGCAGAGACGUACUCGGAGGAUGUGGCUGGAAUCCCCAUGGAAGUCUUCAAAGUGAGCGUUUAUCACAAAGCGCCGCACGGUCUGAGUGUCGUGAACUUGGCAGCUUCCUGUCCCACAGGUGGCGUCCUCUUCACCGACGAUUCAAUCUCCUGGCACGUGCCUCGCCGUGUGACGUCCAUGAUGGACGGCAAAUUCAGAAUCGUAGAAAUGCACAUGGGCAUCAACGGGAAGCGGCUGGAUAAAUCUCAGAUGGCAGCGAGAGGAUACACGCUGUCAGUCACAGACUUCCACAUCGUCACGGAGAUCCCAGUGGGCUCACCUGAUGGUUACUACAAGAGCCAUGCCCCAGAUUACCAGUACCACAUCACCUACACUGUGGAGCCCAUGCUUGAAGUACUGUGGAGGGCAGAUAACACCCAAGAUGAUACCAGAUACAAGAUUUUGUUCCCAAUCACAACCCCUCUGAUGCCUCAAUCUCUCCACGCAGAGGACCUUACCGUCCCUGAGGAUGGUGUGUUCAGGAUUCGCUUGGGCACCUUCUUUUCCGACGUGGAGCUGACGAACAUCACGUUUUCUACUGGAGUGCUCACAGUGGAGGAGAGCAACGCCAGAGGCUUCAUCGUCCAGGAGCACGUCUACCCCAACGGAACCAAGAGCUUCUCUUUACAAGUGGCCUUUAAUGCAGAUGUUGUCCUGAAGCACAAUCCUGAAGCCUUGGUCACACUCUACUCCCUGCCGUUGGUGUUUGGGUUUGUCAUCCUGCCUGAAGGAACUCCCUUCGCCCACCCAGUGGAGGUCCAGGCAUCUCUGCAGGAUGUUGUGCUGCCUGCCAUCACUGGCACCUGUGACCAGACUCUCUUCUACGUCAGCGUGGAAUACGGCAGUCAAGGCCGCAACUUGCAGACCGUAGUUGGACGUCAGCAGCUGACACCUGAGCUGGCGGAAAGCUAUGGCUUCCAGGACAACGGCACUCACUUCAGCCUCCAAGUGCCAUACACUGCCAAGGACACAACAUUCGAGCUGUUUACGUCACACUUUGUACGAGCCAGACUUGACAUGCUGCUCUGGGACAGCAACAACCAGUGGGUGCUCGCUGAUCUCUACCUGACCUGCGACUUCCCCUUAAUGACAACUUCAUGCUACUCAAAUGGAACAAUAACUGCUCUGGCUGUGAAGGUGGAAUCGGUGCCCAGUCUCGACCCAAGCUCGCUGACUUUAAAGGACCCGUCCUGCAAACCAGUUUUUAGCGACGAUCGCUUCGCUCAUUUUUCUUUCAGUGCUGAUUCCUGUGGGACAACUAGAACAUUCUUUGACAAUUACAUGCUGUAUGAAAAUGAGAUCAGCAUGUAUCAUCAUAAGACUGGAGCCGCCUACACGACACCAGUUGAUCCUGAGUACAGGCAAACGAUUUCUUGCUACUACUUGGUGAACAAGACCGAGACUGUAGCGUUCAGUUCUAAACCAAGAAGCUAUGAUCCCAGAGCAGAGAUCGGAACGGGGCAGCUGAUGGUGCAAAUGAGGCUAGCAAAGGAUUUAUCCUAUGAGCACUUCUACCAAAGAGAAGAUUAUCCGGUGGUGAAAUAUCUGAGGCAGCCUCUGUACUUUGAGGUGGAGCUGAUGCAGUCUACGGAUCCCAACCUGGAGCUCAUCUUGGAGAACUGUUGGGCCACUCUUCAUGAAGACAGGACCUCUUUACCCAGCUGGGACAUAAUUGUUGACAGUUGUGUAAAUCGAGAUGACCGCUACACGACCACCCUUCAUCCCAUCAUGAGCGACGACAGAGUUGAAUUCCCAUCCCACGUCAAACGCUUCUCCAUUAAGAUGUUCACCUUCAUUAAGGAUGAGGAGGUUCUAAAAGACGAGAUCUUUGUCCACUGCGAUGCAGUGAUUUGUGACACCAACGGCCAGGCAGAUGGUGCCUGUAGAGGACAGUGUGUGCAUCCCACAGGCCAGAGGAGCUCCACACAUCAAGGGAUUAAAGGUUCAAACAGAGAGCAAAGAAAUGUCGAUUCAAGCCAUCAAACCCUGAUCUCCUCUGGACCUAUUCACGUAUUGGACUGAUCGCAAUAAACAGCUUUCUUA